AACUGCCAUGAACAGCAGCAGCGAUCCCAGCCAUGAUCCCUCCUGUCGCUGAAAAUGACGGGGAUCAUUCUCAAUGUUUCUGAAUGAAUUUACAUCCAGUGUUCCGUUGCUGGACGGCUGCUGGACGGAUGCAUCACUUCCUUCUUCCCUCCCUUUACUGCUUCUUCCUUUUUUUAAUUUUACAGUCAAAGGCCUGGGAUUGCAUUUAUAAUGGAUAUCCUGUGUUUUCUGUGGAUGCUGCCAUCGGUAUGGGCUGUGGAAGAAGUUUUGAUGGAUUCAACGACCGCAACAGCAGAACUUGGCUGGAGCAUUUACCCAUCGCAAGGGUGGGAGGAAGUAAGUGGCUAUGACGAACAUAUGAAUACAAUUCGGACAUACCAGGUAUGCAAUGUUUUCGACAGCAGCCAGAAUAACUGGAUACGCACAAAGUACAUCCAUCGUAGAGGCGCUCAGCGCAUCCAUGUACAGAUGAAAUUUUCCGUGCGGGACUGCAGUUCCAUCCCCAGUGUUCCUGGAUCCUGCAAAGAGACUUUCAACCUUUAUUACUAUGAGGCGGACUCUGAUGUGGCCACCAAAGUUUUCCCCUCCUGGAUGGAGAACCCCUGGGUGAAAGUGGACACAAUAGCUGCUGAUGAAAGUUUCUCUCAGGUUGAACUUGGUGGACGCGUAAUGAAGAUCAACCGGGAAGUUCGAAGUUUUGGACCCGUUUCACGGAAGGGAUUCUACUUGGCUUUCCAGGAUUAUGGAGCCUGCAUGUCUAUCAUUGCUGUUAAGGUCUUCUACAGGAAGUGUCCUCGAGUGAUCCAGAAUGGUGCUGUAUUCCCAGAGACUUUGUCAGGAGCGGAGAGCACUUCUCUGGUGGCAGCCAGAGGCAUUUGUGUCCCCAAUGGGGAGGAGGUGGAUGUUCCCAUCAAGCUCUACUGCAACGGGGACGGAGAGUGGAUGGUUCCUAUUGGGCGGUGCAUGUGUAAAGCUGGGUACGAGGCACUGGAGAACGGCACAGUCUGCCAAGCGUGUGUGUCAGGGUUCUUCAAAGCUGCCCAGGGAGAUGACAAAUGCCUGCAGUGUCCUAUAAACAGCCGAACCAUCAGUGAUGGAUCCACAAACUGCAUCUGUCGUAAUGGCUACUAUCGCGCGGACUCCGACCCUUCGCAGAUGCCUUGUACAACUGUUCCUUCUGCCCCUCAACGGGUGAUCUCAAUGGUGAAUGAGACUUCUGUUAAACUGGAGUGGAGCCCACCACUGGAGAGUGGUGGUCGAGAAGACGUUGUCUACAACAUCAUCUGUAAAAGCUGCGACAGCAGGCGAGGAGGCUGCACCCGCUGUGGAGACAAUGUCCAGUUUGUUCCACGGCAGCUUGGGCUAACAGACACAAGCGUCCACAUUAGUGACCUCCUGGCUCACACCCAGUACACCUUUGAAAUUCAAGCUGUUAACGGAGUCUCUGACCAGAGUCCAUAUUCACCACAGUACACGUCUGCCAACAUCACAACUAACCAGGCUGCACCAUCAGCAGUGUCUAUUAUCCACCAAGUUAGCAAAACUCCCACCAGCAUUACUCUGUCCUGGUCUCAACCCGAUCAGCCAAAUGGUGUUAUCCUGGACUAUGAACUGCAGUAUUAUGAAAAGAACUUGGCUGAAUGGAACUCCUCUCUGAUAAGAAGUCAGACCAACACAGCAGUCAUACGGGGCUUAAAGCCUGGGACUAUCUACGUCUUUCAGGUCCGAGCUCGGACCGUUGCCGGAUUUGGAAGCUUUAGUGGGAAGAUGUACUUCCAAACUAUUACAAUGGAAGAGUAUAAUUCCAGUAUCCAGGAAAAGCUGCCUCUAAUUAUCGGGUCAUCUGCAGCAGGAGUCGUCUUCAUCAUUGCCAUGACUGUUGUCAUAAUUGUUUGUCGCAGGAGGAGUUCAGACAGACCAGAAUCAGAGUACUCCGACAAACUCCAACAUUACACCAGUGGCCAUAUUUCACCGGGGGUGAAAAUCUACAUUGACCCCUUCACAUAUGAAGAUCCCAAUGAAGCUGUAAGAGAGUUUGCCAAAGAGAUCGACACGUCUUGUGUCAAGAUAGAGCAAGUGAUUGGUGCAGGUGAGUUUGGAGAGGUAUGUAGCGGAAACCUGAGGCAGCCUGGGAAAAGAGAGAUGCUGGUGGCCAUCAAGACCCUGAAGGCAGGCUACACUGAACGCCAGAGACGGGACUUCCUGAGUGAGGCAUCUAUCAUGGGCCAAUUUGACCAUCCCAAUAUCAUCCAUCUGGAGGGCGUUGUAACAAAGAGCAGCCCUGUAAUGAUCAUCACAGAGUUUAUGGAGAAUGGAUCCCUUGACUCCUUUCUUAGGCAAAAUGAUGGGCAGUUCACUGCGAUCCAGCUGGUGGGAAUGCUUCGUGGAAUUGCAGCAGGAAUGAAAUACCUUUGUGAGAUGAACUACGUGCAUCGAGACCUUGCUGCAAGGAACAUCCUGGUGAACAGCAAUCUGGUGUGCAAAGUGUCUGACUUUGGCCUGUCGCGCUUCCUGGAGGAUGAUACAUCUGACCCAACAUACACCAGCUCUUUGGGAGGGAAGAUUCCCAUUCGCUGGACAGCUCCUGAAGCUAUUCAGUACAGGAAGUUCACUUCAUCCAGUGACUGCUGGAGUUAUGGCAUAGUCAUGUGGGAGGUGAUGUCGUAUGGUGAACGACCUUACUGGGACAUGAGUAACCAAGAUGUAAUCAAUGCCAUAGAGCAGGACUACAGGUUACCAGCUCCAAUGGAUUGUCCAAGUGCAUUGCAUCAGCUGAUGCUUGAUUGCUGGCAGAAAGACCGCAACAGCCGGCCUAAAUUCAGUCAAAUUGUCAGCACCCUCGAUAAAAUGAUUCGUAACCCCAACAGCCUCAAGACAACAACGCCACUGUCCUCAUGUGUACAUUUACCCCUGCUCGACCGAAGCACCCCAGACUUCACUUCUUUUACUACAGUGGACGAGUGGUUGGAAGCUAUUAAGAUGGGCCAGUACAAGGAGAACUUUGCCAAUGAGGGCUUCAACAGCUUCGAUGUGGUGUCUCAAAUGACGAUGGAGGACAUCGCCAGGAUAGGAGUUACUCUGGCCGGCCACCAGAAGAAGAUCCUGAACAGCAUCCAGUCCAUGAGGGCACAGAUGAACCAGAUUACCUCAGUGGAGGUGUAAUUUUAUGGACCCGUCUACAUGGGCUUUGUUUACCGUAGGAGGCCAGCAGCCUCCAGAACUUUAUUCUCCUGAACGUCUGAGGAGAGCUGAUAAUCUUCAUCCAAACUGUGACCUCACUAUACCUCAUUCUGGACCACCAAGGCGGGGCCCCUCUGUCCGCAGCACAGAAACGUUGGAUAUUUGUCGUUACACCUGCUGUAUGUUCGGGUCACAGUCCAUUCGGAGGCUUUGAGUUGAAGCUAAUCAGAACUGCACCCAUUCCAAGGAAGCCGUGAGAUAAAGGAAUUCUAUCUCUAUUUAUUGUUGUAUCACCUCCUUCAUCAGCUGCAUUUACUAAGCAAGAUCAAUAAAGUCGAUCUAAAUUUA